CGUUACUUAAAAUUUUCAACAUGUCUGCCUUCUUGUAUUCUUUUCAUCGAGGGCUUUAUUGCUUAAAUUUGGACGACUGUUUGGUUGAAAGUGGAAGACAAUUGAAGAAGAUCGCAUCGGAUUGCUGUGGGGGUGUCCCUGUGGAAGAACUGUCUGUCAUCCAUAAUGGCCGCCUGGUCACUGAAGACAGUAAGCUACACCUUCAAGCUGGAGAUGUGUGCUACGCAACUCUGCUUCUCCAAGGUGGAAAGGGAGGAUUUGGUUCCAUGCUGCGAGCGCUUGGUGCCCAGAUAGAGAAAACAACAAACAGAGAAGCCUGCAGAGACUUGAGUGGAAGGCGAAUGAGGGACAUCAAUGAUGAGAAAAAGAUUGCUGAGUGGGUUUCCAACCAAGCCGAGAGGGAGCGUGAAAAAGAAAAACAGAAACAGGAAAGGUUGGCAAGGAGAAGAGCAAUGCCCAAGCACACAUUUGAUGAUCAAUCUUACACACAACACAUUCAGCAAAACUCUGAACGAAUAGAGGAUGCACUGCACCAAGGACUGAAAGCAGCUGGGAGUUCAACAUUAACUUCAAGCUCAACUUCAGUAGAGAAAACAGCAAACAAGAGAGUUCAUACUGAUGAACCCUCAACUUCAAGAGGAGGGAAAAAAAGUCGAUUGUGGUUAGGAAUGGAUGAGCUGCCAGACAGUGAUGAAGAGGACGAUGAAUUUUCUCCUUCAGAAAGUGACAGCAAGGCUGCACCAAGCAGUUGUACCAGUACGUCAACCGAUGCAUCAUUUUCCAGCACUCGAGUUGAGCCACCCAGGUCACCUCAGUCUCCUGAGGACAGACAUAUGGACAUGGAGACAGAGACAAUCAAAACAGCCAUGCCGACAUCAGAUGCAGAAACAGAGGUGCAGGAAAAGACAGCUACGCAGACAUUAGAAACAGACACGGAAAUGCAGGCAGUGACAAGUAUGCAGGCCUUGGAAACAGAUGUGGACAACAGUGAUCACCAAAGAGAUAGGGCUGCAGAAGACACUCAAGAAAAUGGUACAUCGUUAAAAACAACUAAGCAAGGAGUAGAAGACACUGGAAACACAAGCCUUGCUGACAGCCAAGUAACUGAGGAACAGAGCCUGGAAAAGGUUGAGUUUCACCUUGACAACUACACUUCUGCUGAGGAACUUGAAUCUCUGGGAUUGGAUCGUUUAAAGGUUGAGCUAAACACAAGAGGGCUAAAGUGUGGAGGAACAUUACAGCAGAGGGCUCAGAGGUUGUUUGCCACCAAAGGGGUCCCCUUAGAUCAACUGGAUCCCACAUUCUUUGCCAAGCCAACAGGCAGCAAGAAAUCUAAUGUUAAGAAGUGAGAGACUUUGUUGAAACUCGACAGCCAUCGAAUAUGAUAAGCUCAUGUUUACACAUAUAUGUGGGAUGUAGCUGCGAUGCAAUGCUGCCAACCUAUAAACAUUGAUGGCAACAAACUGAUUAUGAAUACAGCAUGGCAUUUUUGUUAUGCAUAUUAAAUAUUUUGUAAAAACUGACAAUUUGGGUCUUGAGCAUCUCUGCUGGCUAUCCAGAGGCCCCCAAAACAUACCAUACACAUGCAUGUAGUUGCUUUGUGCCUGUGCAGCAUUCAGUCUAUUUGACAGUGCAGCUGGUUUUAUUUUCCGGGUCUUUUGAAAAGCUAACCAAUUAAACUACAUGACUUGCAAAAAAAUGUGGAUGUUAACAUUUCGGAUGUUUAAAUUUUGGACAAAUUUGGGACAGAAAAUUUAGGACACUUUGCUGAAACAUAGCUUAAGUAAGUUUACACCUACAAAACACGAAUUAGACUGAAACAAUAUCUGUGAAAAUGGUAGUUUUACUGCAGCCUCAAGGUUGAACAGACACUGACAAGAAAAUAACACAAAUGGUAUAAAGCCAUUAUCUAUAUCAAGCAGUGUCUCACCUAGAGUUCGCGUCAUAAAGGAAACUAAGAGCUUUGGAGCUACUUAAAAGUUUUAUACUGUACUGUAAAUAUUUCUAAUGCUUAAAAAUUUUGAGAAAUCUAAGGAGUAAUGUAAUUCGACAUUUCGAUGUAUCUAACAUCAUUAUCAAGAAUAAAAAUCAUUGAAUGUCAAAGUUGUUAAAAGAGUUGAAUUAUGAAUGUCAUCAGCUGGCAUUCAUUCAUAUGCAAAUUGAGUCGGACUGCACAUUCAAUGAUGGUUUGAGAUCUUGUAUAUUAAACAUUUUGUAAAUAAUACAGUCUAGUUUAUUCUGGCACUUUAUUGAGGACCGAAAAAUUGUCCGUGAUGAUUGGUUUGUCAACUCCAUGUUGUUUCAUAUGUUUGCCAAUCAAAGAUCUGGGCGGUUUUAUUUCAAACACUUUUUCUAUCCAAAAAUAAAAAUCGUCCAUACUUUUUUUGCAAGUAAUGUAUGCUGGCUUGAAUUUUUUGUUGCUACUACAGACACUUUAGACAGAAAAUCGUUACUUAACAUAACUAUAAAUUUUACUGUUCAGCACCUCAUAAGGAUAACCCUGAAGGAUAUCAAUGAAUUGGAGUGUCUGUUAACAGACGGGUCCAUUGUUGAGUGGAGGCUUCAAUUUGGCAUUUUCAAGAGUCCUUGUUGCACAGGGCCAUGGACAGAAAAAAAAAAAUAUGGCUGAGGCAUGGUCCAUGGUUAAAUUCUCUUCUUAGUUAUUUAGCAGUGGUCUACUUUCCCCUUCAAAAAAGAAACAACAGAAACAAAAACAAUGACUAAGGCAAGCGCCUUGGUUUGCCUCAUACUAUGGUUCUGUUGCAUACUUAUUCUCUCUUACCCCUGCCAGCAAUCUAAUUUGCAAACAUUUUAAACAUUAUUCAUCCCAACUUAGAUAAUAUUUGUUUCCUUCACUUUCAAGUAAAUUAUUAGAAAAAAUGCAGAAAAUUGUAUACUGAUAUAGUACAGCAGUCUUUUGGUAUCAAAAUGUUUGAUUGAAAUCUGACAUUCCUCAAGGAAUUGUGGUUAACUGUGACCAGCUACCAAUUUUCUCAAGAAAUCCAGUUUAAUCCAGUUUAUUUAAGUAAACUGUAAAUAACUCAUUUUUUUGGGUGUUAUUUUGGUUGAUUUAAAACUUUGCUUUUUCUUGGUGUCAAAGAAAAGGACUACAAUGUAGUCUGCUGUUUUGGUGCAUUAAGUAAUAAAAAUGUAAAUUAUGUAAACUUUUCUUGAGCUCAUAAUGAUUACAAUUAUUUGGCCUUAGAUCUCAGGGAUGAACAAUUUAUUUAUUUUGCUAUUUGGUGGUGUAAGUGGUUUACAGUAAGAAGGGUUCUCAACUAAGAUUCAUGUAGGAGAAAAUGAAAAUAAUCAACUGAAGGAAAAUCACUAUGAACUUAAAUGAACCCAAGACAAUGACUAGACUAAAAAACAGUGGUGUGUUGUUCUUAUAACGAUCUCAAUCAUCUGAUCUUGUUUUUCAGGGAUGGACAAUUUUAUUUUGUUUCGUUUCCAGUGAUGGAUGUGGUGUCCUCUCUCAUAAUGAUGAAAAUCAUUUCAAGAUUUGACCUUGCACAAUUUUAUUUAUAUUUUUUGGGAGGUGGGGUGGGGGGCAGGGUCGGGGCAGGGUGGUGGUGCAAUUCCCUCUCCCCACCCAAGAAUGCCUGCGCUGCAACAGUGGUGGGGAAAAAAUGUUGUUCACAAGAAAAACAAAGGUUGAAAAAUUCUGGUUGGAAAAGAAGUGCCAACUCUGAUCAAGAGGUGGCUACAAUAGCUCAAGCAACCCUGAAACAAUAUUCAGUUUUAUUUCAAUAUAUUAUAAAUAUUUUGCAAACAACAAGUAAUUUUCUGCUCAUUUUGAAUAAUUCUUUCAAGUUAUUUUGUCCUUUGAAUUCAUGGUUAUGAAAAAAUCCACAAGCUGAAGAGUUAAAAUUAAAUCAUGAAA